AAAACACACAAUAUAUACAUACACUCUUGCUAGCUAGUGUGAAUUAAGAUGAAGAAGGGUGUUGCAGCCUUGUUUGUGGUGGUUGUGAUGGCGGCGCUGGCGCAUGAGACGGCGGCCGUGUCGUGCAUCCCUACGGAGCUCCUACCGUGCCUGGCGGCGAUAUCCUCGGGAGGGGCUCCGUCGGCAGAAUGCUGCAGUAAGCUCAAGGAGCAGCAGCCGUGCUUCUGCCAGUACAUCAAGAACCCUCAGUACAGGCCCUACAUCGACACUCCCAACGCCAAGAAAGUUGCUGCCGCCUGCGACGUCACCAUUCCGACGACUUGCUGAUUCUACUUUCCAUAUAUAUUUUCUUAUGCUGUUUCAUCAUCAAGGUUGAUGAUCCUUGAUGUUAUGUCACCUUCUUCAAAUAAAAUAGAGAUUUAAUA